CUUGAUCUUGGGAAAUUAAAAAACAGUGAUUGACCUUGUCAAAAUGGCGACUGUAUCCCUCCUCCGAGCUUGCUCAAGAGGUUCUCGGAGCAUUCUGCUGCAAGUGCAAGUUGCUCCAAAAUGUGCAAGUACCAACGUAAUUUCGAAACCUUUCACAGCAAGUCCAGCUCUUGCAUCCUUUGAAUACUUCAGAGCUCGAAGAGGACCCUUUACACCUGAGGACAAGCGAGGAAAGGGGCACAUGAUGUUGGCCUCAACACACUGGAAAAUUGAACGUGCUGUGGCACUGGGAAUGAUAGGCAUUAUGCCCACAGCUCUUUUUGUGCAAGGAGCAGUUGUGGACCAUUUGCUCACUACUUUCAUCUAUCUCCAUGGAUUCUGGGGUAUUGACGGAGUGCUCAAGGACUACUUAGUGAAGUUUGUCCCGUGGGUUGGCAAAGUCUGGUAUUUCCUAGCCAUUGUUGGAUUUGCUGGACUUGUAAAUUUCAAUUUUAACGAUGUUGGUGUAUGCAAGGCAAUUCAGAUGUUCUGGGCCUUAUAGGUUGUUGUUGCAAUGUGAAAACCUAGACUAGAAUGAGUUUAUGAAAGGAAAGAAAUGGAUGUGGUGUAGACAGAUGAAAUGCUGAGUGGCAAACUGUCCUUAAGAGUCAUUAGAACGCUGGUAAUGUAACCAACUCUCUGCCUGAUCAACCACUGUACUGUCGUUAACCGACCUCUAGAGGAAGGAAAUCUCUCAGAGCACAAUGUUUAUAUGGCAUAGACCCUCAUUGCUUGUGUAAAAAUGUUUCUUCUGGACAUGCAUUGGUAUGAUAAUUUAUCGCUAUAAUUGACCAUGUUAUGGUUUUUAUGUUUUUGCUUUGCUUUUAAGUAGGGCCUACCUGUUAAGGGUUUGCAAUGUUUUUCUUCCAACAUUUCACUACUUAUGCAUCUUUUUGUUGAUAAGUAGAGAAUAACCCCUAUUCCCAGGUGUCUUGGACAAGGAACUUGUGAUCUCAGUGACCUCCCCUUCCUUUACUAUCCCUGAAAAGUAUCUUUUGUGCCAAUACAGAAACGUAAGUGCUCCUGUAGAACAGCAAAUCACAAUUAUGAGAACAUAGCGGUAAUAACCUUCCAGGUCAUUACCAUUUGACUUGAAGGAAGAUCUGAAGUAAGUAUAUUGUCUUUCAUCUUUAGAAUGUUUUCUCCGUUGCCAUUGCCAACUUUUCGGAUAGUAUCCAAAGUUUGUAAACUGUAGCCCAGCAAUAUUCAGGGUUUUAUUGUUUUCUUUAUUUUAGUUUUUUGCAUAUAUUAGAUGUCUCCAGUCUAUUAGUAAGUUAUCUUAUGCUAAAAGCAUAUGUCCUGCAUUGCACUAUUAGCGGUAAUAAUCCUUUUGAUAUAUGCUGCCCAUUUUCUGAAAUCUUGUGAAUUAUGUCCAUGAUGUAUUAAAAUAAAUUUUAAAAGAAAAAC